AUGGAGCCUGCUGCCUCUCCUGCCAAGCGCGCUCGUCGCACCGCGCUGCAGCGUGCGGCCGCUGGGUCGAUGGACAUCCGCGAGUGCUUCCGCGAGUCCGCUGCAGCUGCCGCCAGUCCCCGUCCUGCGUCGACAGCGCUGCCCGAUCCCUCCGCAGCCCAGGUGCACGUCCUCAUGACUUGGACCUUCGCCGCGGCUCUGGCGGCUCGCGACGCUUGGGCACGCUUCCAGGCGUCGGACGGCCCGCUCCUGUUUCAGGCGAACUUGCAGCUCCUGCCCCUCGACUUCGACGUGGCGUUCGAGAUUUGUGUGCCGCUGGACGACGAAGGUCGUCGCACGAUGGCGGACGUGAAGCAAGCCGUUCUCGCGGCACUGGAUCUGGCGUUGGCCUGCUGGCGUGCCCAAGAAGCCGCUGAUCUGUCAUCUCGACCAGCGCGACGACAGCUGAUCCCGCCGGUGCUGUGGUGUCGUAAAGCUGCAGAUGCUCUGGUCCCGCCCUCCUUGUGCCAUCCUCGCAUGCUUCGGUGCAGUGUGUGCGUGUUCAACUUUCCCGGCCGUGCUGUGGUGGCUGCUAUCCCGCGCGGCAGCCUCUCGUCCUCGUGCCUACAGAAUGCAAAAAAUCUCGAGGGUGCUGUGCUAGUGGCGGGCUUCCUUGCUCUCACGAAAUGCCUGCUUAAGCUUCUCCGAGCAGUUGUUGCUUUCACGCUUGCGCUGCCUUCUCAUCGCAACUUGCGAGCCUUUGUGCUUUUUUGCCGCAGCCUCUACUGGCUCGACUUUCUGUUCAAAGACCACCUCCGUGCCUGCAGGAUGGACAUGAGAUUCCUGGCCCGCGGGCAGCGCUGGUCCGAGGUGCAAGAUUCCAGCUCGGAUUCGGCAGAUGAUGCGGCGGCGCCGACGGCCCCCCCGCCUGCGACACGCGUUUCUCGCUUUCCCCUGCGAACUGUGCUGCACGCUUACCUUCGUGGAGUGCUGUUUCGCGAAGGCCACUCCAGCAGUCUGCUCACGUUGCAGCGCCUCCUCCUUCACGAGUUGCCUGCAGACACUCUGCCUCGUGGUCUUUUGCGCGACCUGGUGUACUCCUUCUCUUUUGACGUCGACACCGUCUUGCUGCACGUGAACAACUUCCUGCACGCUGCGGCGUCUCGCGCUGUCGUCGGUGCUGCGCUGCGGCAGUGGCUCGGCUUCGUCUGGCUGGAGUGCUUGCGGCUGCCCGACCCCCCUCGGGCCGUGCUGCUGGGCUGCUUGUGGGGCGUCGCGCUGGUCGCCGACUUCUGA